CGAGUACUCGAUUAUUCGGUACAAUCGUUUCAGCCCUACUAAAUAAUUAAUUGUACUGCAAAGUACAGUGCAAGCGCAUGCGACGAUCGAUCGAUUCAAUACUUCACUGUAUUGUUUUUGCCUCCGUUCGUGUCCUCGUAGCAAACUGACUCUCUCUGGAUGAAGCUUGGCAGAAGCAAUGGCGACUUCCAAUGCUGAGUUUGAAGAGGAAAUCCUGAUUGAAUCGACCGAUCAUCGCAAAAUCGCCAACGAGCCGCCAGUUGACUCGCCGCACCACGCACCCUACCACGCCACGUUCAACAUCAAAAUGGGCUGCGUGAAGUGCGGCGAGAGUGGCCGCGGGACGGCGUUUUUGCUGCACGACCUGAACCGGCUAUCUGGCGAGUAUUAUUACCUGGCCACUGCGGCUCACAACCUCUACUGCUACAAUUGCGGCGACUACCGGUGGGUGCAAAUCAUCGAGAAAUGGCAGGGGACUAGUGAAAGCCCGUCACCUGUGUUUCUGUCCAAAAGGAUAACAAAGAAGAAUGCCGAUGGGUGGCUGAAGGUGCCUGAAUGGUACUUUAAAGAAUGCGAAGCAAAGUGCCAAGGCAGAUCGGUUCCCACACGAUUAUGGCAUUGUUGCUGCCUCGAGGGAGACCACCAUGUCAGCUCCGUUCACGACUUUGAGCAAGGUGUUGAAGGCUGCGCCAAAUGCGACUGAAAAGAAGAAAAACUCGUUCCUGCUCGGCUUUCCAGGGUGGAUCAAAGUGAAUGGCGCUUGGGACAAAGCAAAGAAAUGCAAGUAUUGGGUAGAAACACCGGGCAGUGUGGAAGGGUUCAACGGUGCGCUCUUCAAGCAUUAUAUCGACUCCAGCGCUGGACAGAGCGGCUGUGUGCUGUACACCUUAGACGAGGCCGGGAAGAAAGCUUCGGCGCUCGGUAUCCAUGUGGGUGGAAUCAAAGCGGAAAAGUACAACGUGGCGGUCAAGCUGUGCAGCGGAUCAUCCGCCAUGGCAGAGCUGAAAGUCUGGGCGUCCAAUCCACCCCAUGAUGAUGAAGAGGAAUUUGACCUGGAUGAUGACGACGUCGAGUACAAAGAGAUGGAGGCAGAGGAGAGCCCAAUUUCCUGCAAGAUCCAGUGCGAGAGGAAAAAGAGUAAGUUCUUUGAAGUAGUAUCUUCAAAAAUGGUCUUGUGCAGAGAUGAUUUCUGAAUCACCACUGCAUUCUUUAUGUGCUCUCUCAAGCACGCCACAUAAUCAAAAAACGUUUCCUGUUUCGCACAAUUUCUGUCGUGGUGCUAUGUCAUAGGCCAGGUAUUCAGGCACAAUGGCGAAUGCAUUGCUUAUGAAAGUUAGUUAUCGACGCUCCGGAGCAUUAUUC